AUGGUCAAGAGGGUUUUAUUGUUAGGAUCUGGGUUUGUUGCUCAACCAGUUGUUGAUAGUUUAUCUGCUACGGAUGAUAUUGAAGUUACCGUUGCUUGUAGAACAUUACAAAAAGCUGAAGCAUUAGCAAAGGCAUCUGGAUCACAAGCUAUUUCGUUGGAUGUCACUGACGAUGCGCAAAUUGAUGCUGCAUUAAAACAGCACGAUAUUGUCUUAUCUUUAAUCCCAUACACCUAUCACCCAAACGUGGUUAGAAGUGCUAUUAGAUUGAAGAAAGAUGUUGUCACUUCAUCUUACAUCUCAGAUGCAUUGAAAGAAUUGGAACCAGAGAUCAAGAAGGCUGGCAUCACAGUUAUGAAUGAAAUUGGUUUAGAUCCCGGUAUUGAUCAUUUAUACGCUGUCAAGACAAUUGACGAAGUCCACAGAGCUGGUGGUAAAAUCAAAUCGUUCUUGUCUUAUUGUGGUGGUUUACCAGCUCCAGAGGACUCUGACAAUCCCUUAGGAUACAAGUUUUCCUGGUCAUCAAGAGGUGUUCUUCUAGCAUUGAGAAACUCUGCUAAAUACUGGAAAGAUGGUAAAAUCGAGACUGUAACAUCAGAAGAUUUGAUGGCUUCAGCUAAGCCAUAUUUCAUCUAUCCUGGAUAUGCUUUUGUCUGUUAUCCAAACAGAGAUUCAACCAUUUUCAAGGAUCUCUACCACAUUCCUGAAGCGGAAACUAUCAUUAGAGGCACAUUGAGAUAUCAAGGUUUUCCAGAAUUUGUUAAAGUUCUUGUUGACAUUGAUCUACUGAAAGAUGAGGAAAGUAAGAUUUUUAGCGGAGUUAUUCCAUGGAACGAAGCUCUAAAACAAUAUUUAGGUGCCAAUUCUAGCUCUAAAGAAGAUCUCAUUAAAGCUAUCGACUCCAAGACAAACUGGAAAUCAAAUGAAGACAGAGAGAGAAUUUUAUCAGGAUUCCUAUGGCUAGGAUUCUUCUCUGAGACUUCGAUCGUUCCAAAGGGCAACGCCUUAGAUACUUUAUGUGGCCGUCUCGAGGAAUUGAUGCAAUACGAAGAUGGUGAACGUGACAUGGUCGCUUUGCAACAUAAAUUUGGAAUCGAAUGGGCAGAUGGUACUACCGAAGUUAGAACUUCUACUUUGAUUGACUACGGUAAGCCUGGUGGUUACAGUUCCAUGGCUGCAACCGUCGGCUAUCCUGUGUCCAUCGCAACUAAACUUGUGCUAGACAAGACUAUUCAAGGUCCUGGAUUAGUGGCUCCAUACUCUCCGCAGAUUAACGAUCCAAUCAUGAAGGAGUUGAAGGAGAAAUACGGCAUUUAUUUGAAGGAGAAAACUGUUGGUUAA